UGGAAUAAAAACACUCAAAAAUCGAGGAUUUGGUGUCUAGAAAUUUGGAAUAAAAUGCAAAAUGAAUUUGAUAGGAAUUUUUGUCAAUUAUUUGAUAAGGAUGUUAAUAUAGAACAAUUGGAGUUUAAAAACGCAAAUUUUCCGUAUUUCUUUAUACGCUUUGUUAGCUCGAUUAAAGAAUUAAAAGGUAAAGAAUUGGUGGAAAGAAAUAAAAAAGCGAAAGGAAGCUCCUUCAAGGAUUAUUUGGAGGUUAAGUUGUAA